AUGUCGGGCUCCUCUGGCAAAUCUCACGUACCAGCAUCCUACGAUGACAACACGUCACAGCCGCCAUGGGAACAGCGCAGCGUAGCUCGCGUGCCAUACCUGACCUCCAAAACCGAACCUCUGACCAUGGCUGAGAAGGAAGCCCUGCCUGCUUACUGGGCAGCCGAUGGUCGGCAGAACGCCGAACAGCACCGACCACGCACUCACAGCAAGGGUCAACGAUCGACAGACCGGAUGAUGAAUCAGCUUCACCACGAGGACAGAGAAAAUGACUGGCGUCACUCAAUUCCCAAGACUGCUCCGCCCUUCGCAUCGGGGUCGCCGCCGGAACUUCCUUCAAAAGACUACCAUCGUGCGGUCCAGUCCGACCCAAAACUUGAUUCGCAACUACCAGCAUGGGUCAAAGGCCCGCCCUCUCCACCAGAAAGCUUCAGCAGCUCCGCCGGAUCCGACAAGACUGUAUUCUCGACCGGCUCGCAGCCUUACGCAUCCGAUCAAGGUCCUCCAUCCGCUCCCGUCGCUCCCUCGCAAUUUCCCGGAACGAUGUCUCACCACGAUACUCCUCACCGUCGAAGUCGGACUCAAUCCGCCGCAGACCGUCAGACUGCACCUCGUAGCUGGUCGGACCCUCCCAUCACGGACCGCGAAGCUACAGCUCCGAAGAAGGAAAACAUUGAGCGUGGCAAGUUCGGGUCGCGAUUCAAGUCUGCGUUCAAGUCUGCAUUCAAGCGGGACCCGAUUGAUGAGUCGCAGUUUGAGCGCAUCGGCGACAAGCAUUGGACGGACGAAUCGUGA